UUGUAUUUGUUGAUUUUGUAGGCAAUGCUCUGUAGAUUGUUUGUAACGUAAUGUAUUUCUCAUUUGGCUGUAUGAUAUUUAUCGUGCCACUUGUCAAAUAAAAUGAUUAUAAAACUGUUUCAUUCCGUUCCCAAUUAGUGUAAGUUGUUUAUAAUCGCAGAUUAUGUGAUUCCCAGAGUUUCGUCGUAAAGUUAUUGAUAAAGUUGGGCGUUGGCCGCAGAGGUUUUGUCGGCGAGAGUACUUCGGAGCGUGCUGCCGAGUUGUUGUUUCCAUUUUCGUUCGCGCUUAUGUUUGGAGUAACUAAGAGCAUGCAGAUGUCUUGACUGAUGACAUCACAAGUUUUCUCUCUGUUACCACCACCUGCAACUGUGUGAUCACCUGGUGUCUUAAACGUUCAUAUUCUGUCAAACGUACACAAUGAAUCACAAGAGGUGCGCUGUGGAUAUGGCCCGUGAACCCAACAGAAGUGUUGCAGAAACAUGGGAGGAAGUUGCUAUCUCACUGCAGCAGACAUUCUGCGAAACCCUGGGAGAUUCAGACUGGGAGUCAUACAAAAUUACAGAGCGCUAUUACAUGCGUCAGAAAGUAGGUUAUGCUCUUUUUGGACCACCAUCAGGGGACAAUUCUGGGGAAUAUGAUUCGUGUAAACUUGAAAAAAUAAAAGAGAUUUGCAAAAUACUCAUUGAACAAGACAAUCACAAUUUCUUAGAGGAAAACUCUGAAACUUGGAUGUCUAUAAUUUUUGUCUGUUUGGCUGUGGAGAAGACCGGAAACCACACUGAAGUGGUAACAGAGCCAGUUUUCAGAGUGCCUAGAUACUGUAAUGACAAUGAUAUUACAGUUCAUUUCAUUGACCGCAAUGGUCGUAUUUAUGAAAGUUGGAAAGAUUAUUUACAAAAUAACAAGCUUCCAAGCUGUUCAUAUUGCUAUCCUAAGGGUGGCGUAUACCACUUAAAUGUAAACCACCAGGUAGAGGUAGAAUUUGGAAAGACUCCUGCAAGGAAACUAUCAUCAAAAAUAUGCAACGGUCUUGAUCUUGCAACUACAUUUGUGGCAGCUGGCAACUUUGGGUUAGCCUGUGCAGCAAUGUCUUUCCCAGUAAGUGCACCUAUUUUAGUAACAUCAGUUCUCACUAAUGCUGUUUGUAGUGCAUAUGGAAUUGGUAGAAGCACAAAGGAGAUCAUUGAUAGGAAGAAACACAAAGAAACUAUAGGGUUAACCAACAGUGCAUCACGAAACUGUUGGCUGUCUAUUGUGGGGAAUGCUGUUGGUAUUUUAUCAUGUGGGGCUUCGAGAAUAAUCCCAAAAAUUGCACAAAGUGGGAAUGCAUUGAAUAUGGAAGGAAGAGUGUGUGUUGCUGCACUAAGUGUUACUUCUUGCACUGUUAGUGGAAUUAAUGUAGCCAAUGAAAUAUUAAAUUUGGAUGAGAAAAGAAAGAAAAAUGACAUCCGGCCAAGUGAUGUAGCACAGUUAAUCUCAUCAGUUAUAUUUUUUGGUCAUUCAGUUCUAACUACGAAAACUGCAUUUAAUCUAAUUAGAGAAGCCCGUCAAGGAAGAUUGGAGAAAUUUGUGACAAGUGUGAGAAGUACUAAGUACAGAAAAGUGUUUUCAGAUCUUGCUGGAAAAAUUGUUGGCAAGAAAUCUGAACUUUCUGAAAGCGGCAAGGUAAUCCGCUCAGUAAAAUACAUUGAAGAAUUUGGGGAGUCAUUUUUAAAUAAUGUAGUUGUGUUCAAAUCAGGUUGUAACAGAGCUUCAUACAUCAUUGAUGAGUCUGGAAUCAGGGAGUGUGUUGCGUACUUCAGAGACCUCAUUUUGAAUGCCACAAGGAACUUUGUAACACACAUGUCUAACAGCUUUCCACAAAUUGGGUUUGGAAACCAUUAUGAGAACUUGACAGCAGCAUCUGGAAAGCCACAAGUUCCUGUUGCAGAUGCUGGUUUCAACCUUCGAGGGCAAAUAUUAACACUUUUACGAGGACUUGGUGAAUUUAACAUACCUCUUCUACUUGAUCUUGGAGUGAAGAUUUUUAGUGAUCUGAAAUACCCACUUGGCAGAAGUAUUUGUGAAGUUCUAAACAUGAUUUACAUGUUUGUGAAGGAAGUAGUGAAAGAUAUGGAAAAUUUGUAUCUAGAGCAGCUACAGGAGGAAAAACAUUUAUUGGGACCAAAUUUUUCUCAGGUUGAAUUUGACCAAAAAUAUAAAAUAUCGGGGGUGAGAUUUGAAUACUUCUGUUCAGUUGCACUAAAAGCAGUAAACUUAGUAGGAGAAGUCUUCAGCAUGUUAAAAGAGGCCUGUCUUGUUACUUGCCAUAAGGUUGAUAGUAUUAAAUCAGAGAGAGCCCAGUCUCCUGUGCUCAGAGAUCUAGUUAUACCUUGGGAAUAUACAAAUUCCAGUGAAAAUAUGCCAAUAACAAAGGAUCACGCCUUGCAAAUUGCAAGAGAUCUAACUAGUGAAGAUUUGAACUGCAACAAUUCUGUUGUUGCAUAUUCAGAAUCAGAAUUAUUUGUUGUAAUUGAAGAUAAGUCCAUACCUUUAAAUGUUGUGAGAAUAAAAUAUAUAGUUGAAUGUCAGAUAAUUUAUGCUUCAGUUAUGUGCUGAACAAUUCUGGAAUUUGUAACAUUUUGUUUUACAGAAUGAAUCUCUUUAUUUACGUAAAAUGUCUUGUUGAAAUUCAGCUAAUUGAACCUUCUGUUAAAUGCUGAAAAAAUUCUUAAAUUUGUAAUGUUUUGUAUCCCAGAAUGAAUCUCUUUGUGGAAAACAAGAUAACUAAUGAUAGAUAAGACAAUUGAUGCUUCAGUUAAGUGAUAAAAAAAUCUUGAAUUUGUAGCCUAAUGUUUUGUUUUAUGAACUGAAUUUUCUAAAGCAAGAAGUUUAGUGCCUUAAACAGCUUUACACAGAUAUUUUUCUAGAUUGUUUCACUUUAUACUACUGAAAAAAAACAUAAAAACAAGCAGAUUUUGUGUGUAUGUAUUACUACUUUUAUUAAUUUGCAGAUGCACAGCCCCCAAAUAUAAGAAGUUGCAGUAUUGUAUGUACCUCAUUUAAGUAUUCUUUGUGUAGAUUGGGGAUGCAAUAAAAACAAAGUGAAUAAUAUACCUUGUGCUGUGUCUAGUACAUCCCUAAAUAAACUGUUUCAGCAAUUGAUCAAA